UCGUCGUCGGUUUUGCCUUCCAUGAAUCCUAUCGCGUCGGAUAUGUCGGGGAUGGACGUCUUGGGUUUGCACUUGUCAAACCCAGGCUUAUCAAAGACCUCUCAAACCCACCCUUAUGGCUCCUCGAUCUCCUCCUCCGCCUCCUCCUCUUCCUCUUCUGUUUUCUCAGAUGCUCAGAGUUCCAUCUCUUCCACAGCCACUAAUCCAGUUGAUGUGAUUUGGGAAAAUGAUGCGGAAGGUCGGUUGGCGGGGAGAACUGCGGGUUGCCCUCGCGCAUUUGCAAAGACCAUUCCGGCCAAAGAUACUGCGGUGCCGCCUGAGAUGCGGAUGCAUCCUCGGCGCACCAACUGUAUUGCGACUAGUGGUCCUGGCGCGCGUCCACCACCCUGCUUGCUUCGUCAAUCAGAGCGUAAGGUGAAUUUCGUGGAUAAUCUUGUUGCUUCUAUUUUUCUCAUUUCAAAGACACUGCUGCCCAGAUUGUGGAAAUCAUCUGGCCGCUGUCUGCCGCCGCGUCCCGCAGUGAUGCUGCGACCGGUGCUAAGGGGGGUCCUCCCUCUCCGAACGUUUAUCCAGGAAACGCUCCGUCGCUCACGUACUAGUUAUAGUACUUUGCAGGUGGCUUUAUAUUAUCUUAUUAAGAUCAAGGAACAUGUGCCCGCUCAUGACUUCACCAAGGAACAACCUCGGGAUAUUUCAACAACGCGGGCCAUGCAGUGUGGUCGUCGAAUGUUUUUAGCAGCACUGAUUCUAGCUUCCAAAUAUCUGCAAGAUCGCAACUACUCCGCCCGGGCCUGGAGCAAGAUCUCUGGUCUGAAUACGCUGGAAAUCAAUCAAAAUGAGUUGAUGUUUCUCCAGGCGGUUGGUUGGCGUUUGCAUAUCUCUGAGGCUACCUUCCAGCGCUGGACUGACCUUGUUCUCAAGCUGACCCCCGGUGCUGGCGGUCCUCCUCUCGGGGAGGCCCACUGCUGGCGUUCCGUCCUGCCUCGUUUGACCCCCGAGCUGGAUACGAUCGAGCCGGAACAGCCCACGACCCCGGUCUCCGCCAUGGGUGGUAUGGAUUUGGGAAUGUCGGAAUCGCCCUCGCCGCGUAGUGUCGCCAGUAGCGAAUACCUCCUUGCGACCUCGUGCCCUCGGAAUUUGCCCCGGCCUCUGGAACCAACUCCACGAAUGGAGUACGCGACCAGCCUACCCACGCCCAUGAUUCCGCGUCCCUCCAUGCUGGCAACUCCCCAGAUGACCCCUCAAGCCCAUGUGGCUAAUGCUCCUGCUGUGAGUAUGGCAACAUGCGGUGCUGCUCCCCGCCGUCCUUCCAUCUGUACCGCAAUGUCUCAGGCACAGAACUUGGGUUUGGCGCGCUCGACUCUUGAUCAGCGCCCGCCUCUCUCGUUCUACCCUCGAACACAUUCGUACGAUGGAUACCCGGCUGCAGUUCGUCGGUCCUCUCUGGCUCGUUCCAGCUCGUCUGUUUCAUCCGCCUCGUCCCCGGACUCUAUGGUGUCUGACACAUCGACUAUGUCGUCUCGUUCUUCGCGAUCGUCAUCUGUCUCGUCAAAUGCCUCUGGAGCGGGUGCCCCCGCUCCAGCUCGACUGGCAGUCAAGGCUACCCUGCGCUGUUCCAACAUGUUGAAGGAAUGCCGCAAGACCUUGGCUAUUGCUUCCCCGAUCGAUGAGAGCUCUCUGUCGGAUCUGCACAGCUCCCCUGAAUCUUAUUUGGGUGGUGUGACCAGUUCUGUUCCAGAUCUCUCGGGUUACUCGUUGGACUCCAGUCUGAGUGAAGCUGCUCAAAGUCUUUGCGAAUUGUCCGGUGCUACUCCCGAAAGACGUCAUUGUCGCAAACGCGGUCGCACUGGAUCUGACGAUAUGCUAUUGCAGAACCAUGUCCGUCAUUUGAUUGAUAUGGGUGCCUCUGGUGCCUCAUCGGUGCUGCCUGAUGGUAACCUAGCCAGCUCGUUUAUCGUUGGAGAUGGAUCUUCCCUCUCUGGCCCGGCUGGCAUGAAACGGGCUUGCUGUGGCAGCGAAGCGCAUAAGAUCGCUUUAAAUCCGAGCAUACGCGCGGACUUUUUGAACUGA